AUGAAUAUCUCAUCAGUCGCUAAACGGUUCGCGCCGGCAAUCGUUCCGUACAAGUCCAUUUCAAUGGGACCUCCGUCUCGAUUUCUCGGAGAAUCUCUCCCUCGUCGACUCACAUUACUUUUACAGUCCUGCUCAGGCCCAACGCUGCUUCGUCAAGGGAAGCAAGUUCACGCCUUUCUAAUCGUAAACAGAAUCUCCGGUGAGAGCUAUAUCGAUGAGAGGGUCUUGGGGAUGUAUGCAAUGUGUGGUAGCUUUUCGGAUUGUGGCAAAAUGUUUUACAGGCUUGAUUUCCGUCGUAGCAGCACCAGGCCGUGGAAUUCGAUCAUCACCAGUUUCGUUCGAGUGGGUUUAUUGAAUCAAGCUUUGUCUUUUUACUUCAAGAUGCUGUGUUAUGGAUUUCGUCCUGAUGUAUCCACUUUCCCUUGUUUGAUCAAGGCUUGUGUUGCUUUGAAGAAUUUCAAAGGGAUUGAGUUCCUUCGCCAUACGGUUUCUUCUCUUGGGAUGGAUUGUAACGAGUUCGUGGCGAGUUCUCUAAUCAAAGCUUACCUUGAGUACGGCAAGAUCGAUGUCGCGAGAAAGUUUUUUGAUAAAGUUCGUCAGAGAGAUUGUGUUAUAUGGAAUGUGAUGCUUAAUGGGUAUGCAAAAUGUGGAGAUUCUGAUAGUGUUAUGAAAUGGUUUAGUGCAAUGAGGAUGGAUCAGAUUAGUCCCAAUGCUGUCACGUUCGAUUGCGUUUUAUCGGUGUGUGGCUCCAAGUCACUGAUUGAUCUCGGAGUUCAGCUUCACGGCCAAGCGGUUGUUUCUGGGUUGGAUUUCGAAGGUUCUAUCAGAAACUCACUUCUAUCUAUGUACUCAAAAUGUGGUCUUUUCGAUGAUGCGUCUAAGUUGUUUCGGAUGAUGUCUCGUGCUGACACGGUGACAUGGAACUGCAUGAUAUCUGGAUAUGUUCAGAGUGGACUAAUGGAAGAAAGCUUAGUUUUUUUCUGCGAGAUGAUAUCUUCAGGUGUCUUACCUGAUGCCAUCACGUUUUCUAGUUUGCUUCCAUCGGUUUCCAAGUUUGAAAAUCUUGAGUAUUGUAGGCAGAUUCAUUGUUAUAUCAUGAGACAUAGCAUACCGUUGGAUAUCUUCUUGACGAGUGCUCUUAUCGAUGCCUAUUUCAAGUGUAGAGGUGUUUCGAUGGCGCGAAAGAUCUUCAGGCAGUGUAACUCAGUGGAUGUUGUUGUCUUCACGGCGAUGAUCUCUGGGUAUUUGCAUAACGGCUUGCAUGUCGAUGCGUUAGAGAUGUUUAGACGGAUGGUUAAUGUGAAAAUGAGACCAAACGAGAUAACUCUGGUGUCGAUUUUACCGGUGAUAGGCGAGAGUUUUGGGAAAGCUAUUCACUGUUUCAUGAUAAAGCGGCAGUCACUUGCUUCUGAUGUGUAUAGCGAAAGUACAUUGAUAGGUAUGUAUGCUAAGUGUGGAAACCUCAAAGCUGCGAUAAAUGUGUUUGAGACGAUGAAAGAGAAGAACAUUGUUUCUUGGAAUAGCAUCAUCGCUGCUUGCGGAGAUGUAAUAAGCAACAGCGAAGAGGCCGUGAAUGAAACAGAGGAUCCCUCCUAUGGACAGAACACGAUGGUGCGAAAUCCCACAAGCUUUCCUUGAUCUUGAGUUUGCCAUCGUCCCUACGAUCAACAUGGAGAAUGCAAUUGCCAAUAUGAUCCUGAGAAAACACAGAAAAAGAGAUCUUGAAUCGAUUUUUUCUGCAAGUUUCUUCUUCAUCACAAGAAGGAUUUACACAUUUGGUUCUGUUUAUAUAGUUGUUUGGACUUACCAGGAGAAUAUCAGAGAAGCCACGGCGAGCUGUUUAUUGGCGGAGGAUUUUUCUAAGUCUUGUCUUGAGACAACACAGAGACACCCACCAAGCAGAUUUGCGGUUACAUGGGCUAAUGCCAAAAGGAUGCAUGCAGCUAAACCGUACUUGAAGGCUGUGUAACUCGGGUCUCUACAUUCGAAUAUCCACAUCUUCAAAUGCUUCACCUGCAUCCAAUCAAACAAAGAAGUUAGUGAAAUCCGCAAUUCCUAUAGACAUUUGUUGGUGUGUAGUGUAUAAUGUACCUUGUUCUGAGCUAUUUCGGCUUCAAUGCCAAGAAUUCCAGCGGAAACAUCCAUGGCUAUGAUCAAGAUGCAGAUGAAGAACCCUACAUUCCUUGUCAUUUUUUCUUCUUACAGCUUUGGUCUUCAAUGAAAUUAAGUUCUUAUUAGCAAACAAAGAAGCAGAAAGGAUUGUUGUUGAAGUAACAACUUGUUCUUGUAUUUAUUGGCAAUCAGAGAUUUAAGCUUGAAGAAGAGACUCUCUUGGUUGGAUGGAAUAAGAAUAAAGCUGGACAUGAGUCUCCCCUUUCAUGCAUUUUCACUAAAGAUCAUGUUAAGAGAAUAUAAGUUUAGCUGUGAUCCUUGAUGUAAAACUCCUUUUUCCAUUAACUUUUAAAAUAUUUUUGAAGGACAUAUACAUUGUAUUAACCUUAUUAAUCAUGAGGACACACGAAAGGAUUUUUUUCUUA